GGUGGAAAAAUCACGUGACAAAACACAUUUCUGAGCAUGCGCGUUGUACCUCCAGUCCAAUGGCCGCACGUCGCACUUUUAUCACAGUAUCCAAAAGUUGAUUUUUUGAAUAUUUCAAAAGCUGCCGGGGUUCGCCUGUUUAUUCAGAUAAGUUCGUCUGACUUAUAAAAGUGUACCAGCAAGACUAAAAAUACUAAGAAUGUUUCCAAACAUACCGAUGUCAGUCGUGGUUGCUAGCUAGCAGCAGUUAGCAUGUGUUAUUAUCACGUGUUAUUAUUUUGACAAUAUUCAACUUUUGUGGUUAUAAUUCGGAGUGCCGGUUGAAAGAAUGGGACGAAAGAAGCAAGGCAAGUUUGUGCGUUCUGAUAAUAAAGGAAAAGAUAAACGACACAAGGUGAAGGGGAAGUCAUUAGAGGCAUUCACAGAAGAAAUGCAUUCUGCAUUUGAAGUAAGUUUUCAGCUGGAGGAAGGAGCAGAGGCUCCCCAAAUAAAACUGCCUUGCCCACUGGCCAUGUGGGAGCUGGGACAUUGUGAUCCUAAACGUUGCACAGGCAGAAAGCUAGUCCGCAAGGGCUUUGUGCGCAACCUACGUCUCAAUCAGAGAUUUAAUGGGCUCGUGUUGAGUCCAAUGGGCACAAAGUAUGUGACACCAGCUGACAGGGAGAUUGUCGCCCAGAAUGGACUAGCAGUGAUUGAUUGCUCCUGGGCCAAACUGGAGGAGACGCCGUUCAACAAGAUGAUUGGAAGUCAUCCGCGCUUACUGCCAUACCUUGUCGCCGCAAAUCCCGUCAACUACGGGAAGCCUUGCAAAUUAUCUUGCGUAGAGGCUUUCGCUGCCACUUUCUGUAUUGUGGGUUUUGAAGAGCUGGCCCUGAUUUUGUUGAAGAAAUUCAAGUGGGGCACCGUGUUCCUGGAGCUUAAUAAAGAUCUGCUACAACGCUAUGCUGUGUGCCAGUCAGAGGAUGAACUGCUGGCUGUAGAGAAGGACUUUCUCACGACUAAACCUGAUGAGGAGGAAUUUGAUCCAUUUGACGUGAACUCAGGAGUCGAAUGUAUGAAUCUCAACAGACGUCAUCGGCUACCUGAGGAGGAGGAGGAGGAGGAGGAGGAGGAGGAGGAUUCAAGCGAAGAUGCUGACACAUCAGAGGAGGAUGAGGAUGAUGAAGCAGAAGAUGAAAAAAACAACGAUGAGUCAGAACAUGUCUCGCACAUCGAAGAGGAAGUAGCAGCGGCAGCAAAGUCGUCACAAUAAAAGUUACUUUUAUAAAAAGUUAUUUAGCUGGAAAUCCAUUUUCCAUCCAUUUUCUAUACAGCUUGUAUACAUUACGGUAAAUAAACACUGUAACACGCAUUGGUGUUAAAUAAGAUGUAAUAUUUGAAUAUGGGAUAUAAUUAUGUGUGUAUUCACAUUUUCAAAAUUAAAAUGUGUUUUGUAUACAGAGCAAAUGUUUGUACACUUCAAUUUGGGGAGCGCAAUUUUCCCACACCUUCAACUGUAUGUUUGAAUGAAAAACACGGUCAUUAAACGCAGCAUGUU